AUGGCAGUUUGCCUCUCUGGGUCCAAGGGCAAGGUGACAGUGGUCUCUGAGGUCCUGGAGCCACAGCUGCGGAAGGUGUUGAUGGCCAGGGCGGAUUCUGAGGGCUUCCCUCUGGAGAGGAAGCAUGUGAUGAGAGGUGUAGACAGGCGUGAGGGCCUGCGCAGUAGAAUCCGCGGGCCCGGAACUCCAUCUGAGGUAGUGCAUGUUGAGUGGUGUUUCCUUCGUCGGCAGGCAGGAGAGGAGUGGGGAGGACCCGUUUACCCACGGGGCAUUGUGGGGCCCGCUCAGCUUUCCUUGUCCAAAGGGUCUGGGCCCCGGGGCUGCAGUCUCUGGGUGACGAGGCGGGGGCAGGAAACGUGCUUCGGUCUCCAUGGUUACGAGCCGCUCAGCGCGCAGGACGGGGAUUCAAAGGAAACGUUUAUCAAGCAUCUGCUACCUGUCCCACCCUGCAGUGGGCAUUGGGGAAUGGCCAAGCAGGUGAAUGAGAUCAGGUUCCCGUCCUCCAGGAGUGCAGCAUGUUUUGAAGCCGUGGGUGGCGGCCUUUCAGUGCUCCUCGAGCAGCUGAUUAAAUCAACCUCCAACACUUCUCUUCUUAUUUGGCUCUCACACUCUGGGGCCAUAAUGCACUCACCCCAAUGGCCCUUGGCCCAUGUACCAAACAACUAGAAAUAACCCCCAUGUCCCAUAACCUGCAGAAUUAUGCAAAUUAGCCAAUCCAUGGAAAGCCCUUGAAACCUAGCUAACCCCAUCUAAAGUGUCCUAUACAAAAACCCCGUCUCCUGCAGUGCCAGCUUGCUAUUACAUUUCCUCAGGAGCAGCCUCCUCUGUGUGGCUCCCUGGGUGAUGAUGGCCUCCUCGCCAUCCGAAUGUUACUGUAUUACGUCUUGCCAUGAAAAGAAUCUGGAAAUCUUACGAAGCAGUCUGUGUAGUUUUUUACGUGUUUCUUCCACUGGGGGUCCUCUGGGCUUCUUUGUCACAUCUGGGGGUGUUACAGGCCGAAAGAAUGAGGGUUGUGACCAACUCAGCAUACCACUGGAGGCUAUAUCAGCAAACAGAAAACUGCUCACAUGAAAGCAGGAUGUUGGAAAACUGACAGCUGCAUCUGCCACCAGAAGGGGUGCUGAGGGCAGUCGCACCCCAAGCACAGUGUUCCUUGUGAUUAUCUAUAGGAACAUCUGAAGCCUGUUGUACAAAGAAAGCAAUUUUGUGAACCUGUGAUAAAUCAAGCAGCUGACCAACCAUUACCUCUCCCUCCCUGCCCUUUCUACCUAAUAAAUACGAAGGGCUGUAAAAGUUCUGGGCCCUUGUUCACUAGGAGCAAGGAGACCCUGACCCCUUCUUUUAAAGUAGAUCUUUUUGUCUUUGUCUUUAUUUCUGCAUUUGUCCCCCUUCGUUCA